GCGUAUUUCCAGUGUAUUCCUUUUAGGUCACUGUCAGCUGACGUCACUGCCGAAUCCGUGCUGCAAUGGAGGUGCCCGAGGCGGCACCGGCAGCCGCCGCCGGCGUAGAAGCAGAGGUCGGGAGCGGCGGAAAGGGUAGCUGGUACGUGCUAGGUAAGCGUGCGGUGCUGGUGCCCUACCUGCGGGAGCACGUGCCGCGGUACCACGAAUGGAUGCAGGACCCGGCGCUGCUGGAGGCCACCGCGUCGGAGCCCCUCUCCCUCGACCAAGAGUUCGACGUGCACCGCUCAUGGACCCUCGAUCCCCUCAAGCAUACAUUCAUAGUGUUGGACAAGGAGUUGAUUCGGGGAGAGUUCGCACCCGGCAAUCCGCACACUGAAGCUAUGGUUGGUGAUGUGAACAUAUAUAUGAAUGACCCUGAUGAUAUGCAGCUUGCAGAAAUAGAGAUUAUGAUAGCUGAACAUAAGAGCCGUGGGAAGGGAAUUGGUCAAGAAGCGAUAUUACUGAUGAUGGCAUUUGCAGUAGAGAAAUAUGGAAUUGCCACAUUCAGAGCAAAAAUUAGUGAAUCAAAUAUGGCAUCCCUUAAGCUCUUCAGAAAGUUGGGCUUCAAGGAUGCUUCACACAGUGCAGUGUUUAAGGAGGUGACUCUGGAGAAGGCGGAUCUAAUUCCGUGCGUUGGCACAAGAAGCUGACUACUGUUUGUCUGUACUCUGGCUGAUCCCGUAUAAAUACUGGAUACACAGAAUCGUAGUUGAUUGUGUAAAACCAUUGCUAGCUCGAAUUUAGGAUUGACAUCAUGGUAACACGGAACAUGCUGCACUAAUCUGCAGGGUGGGGUUGAUUUUUACUUCUUUGUAAUGGUCACCGAUUAAAUUGUCUCAAAGAGGGAGUGAGAGACAAGUUGGUGUUUU